AUGAAUAUAUCUUCUCCACAACCUUUAAAGUUACCUAUUCCCAGACUUUCCACUUCAACACAUCAUUCUAUUUCAAAUGAAAUGCAACAAACUGAUGACAUAACUAAAAGGAUUCAACAACCUACAAACAAACCAUCAAAUAAACGUGGACGUAAACCGUUAUCUUCGAUGCCUACAACCAAAAAACAUAUACAAAACUUAAUCAAUCAACGAGCUUUUCGUCAACGAAGGGAAUAUUACAUUCGUAAUUUGGAAACCAAAGCUUCAGAGUAUGAAGAAUUAUUUAAAGGUGCACAGGAAGAAAUCGAAUCAUUGAAAGAAAAGGUUGCACUUUUGGAAAAACAAGUCGCUGUUGAGGAAGGAAUAAAUUGUUUUAAUCAUGCCGUCGCUACUAAUCCUGACAUCGGUUAUCAUUCAACCGCUGAUCAACAACCUCAAAGUGGUGAAUGUUUUACGACAUUUACGAACAACGUAUCACCAACCACAUCAACCUUUUCGUUUAAUGAUCAACAUGGAUUAGUCACUCGACCAUCACAAAUUUCGUGCGGCCUACCCUCAAUUGAUACAAUUGAUAAUAUAAUUAGAGACCCGAUAUUUUGUGAAACAAAAGAAGGUAAAAUUUGCUAUUGUGAGCCGGGUGAAAUAAGGACAACAACUGCCGCAACAACGAAAUGCUUGUCAGAUAAUAAACAGUCCACCGAAAAGAGAGUGUGGAUUAUACCGACAUCCGUAUCUCCAUUAUAUUCCGAUUUUGUAACAACAAAUGAUUAUUCCCCUGAUGAAGAAGAUACGUUAUCAUCUCAGUGGGGAUUAUCUUACCAAGAUUAUUUUUCACCCGCAGUUUCUUCCGCUGUAGUUUCCACCACAGCAAAUUCAUUCACCCAAUUUAAUCCUUUAAAUUUAAAAUGGAUCCUAGGCAACGUACAAACAAGAUGA